AUGAAGUCGCACUAUCUUUUGGCAGCCAUACUCGCCACGCUGGCUCAAUCAGCACCCACCGUCGACGAGAAAUACCCUUAUCGCGGCCCCAAAGUCCCCAUCGGCGACUGGGUAGACCCUACCAUCAAUGGCAACGGCAAAGGAUUUCCUCGUCUAGUCGAGCCCCCGGCCGUCAAGCCCGCCUCUGCGAAUCCCAGCAACAACGUCAAUGUCAUCUCACUGUCAUAUAUACCUGCCAAGCACAAGGGAACCACUGUCGGCAUCAACAUUCACUACCAGACGCCCUUUGGUCUGGGUGUCGCCCCCUCAGUUCAGUGGGGAACUAGUGCUUCCGCCUUGGACAAUCUGGCUACCGGCUCAAGCACGACAUAUGAUCGCACUCCUCCCUGUUCUCUCAUCAAUGUCAUUACCCAGUGCAGUCAGUUUUUUCACGACGUUCAGAUCGAGCACCUCCAGCCUGGCACAACUUAUUACUAUCAAAUUCCUGCUGCCAACGGUACCACCCAGUCCAGUAUUCUAAGCUUCACUACUGCCCAAGACAAGGGCGAUCCAUCCGAGUUUACUAUCGCUAUUAACAAUGACAUGGGCUAUACUAAUGCCGGUGGAACCUACAAGUACAUAAACCAAGCGAUCAACGACGAUGGCUUGGCUUUUGUCUGGCACGGCGGUGAUCUCAGCUAUGCGGAUGACUGGUACUCGGGCGUCGUGCCGUGCAACUCUUCUGAGUGGCCCGUUUGUUAUAACGGCAGCUCGAGCGCGCUCCCCAACCAUGAUGAAAAUCCCGAUUAUUUCGACACCCCUCUCCCAGCAGGCGAAAUUCCAGACCAAGGCAGCCCUCGUGGUGGUGAUGUGGGUGUCCUUUACGAAUCUAACUGGGACCUGUGGCAGCAGUGGAUGAAUAAUAUAACUACAAAAGUCCCCUAUAUAGUUCUUCCCGGAAAUCAUGAGGCCACAUGCGCCGACCAUGAUAAUCCCCCAUAUAUCCUCUCUGCGUAUCUCAAUGAGGAUUUAGCAAACGGCACCGUCACCGGUCCCAACUCCACACUGACUUACUAUUCAUGUCCCCCUUCACAACGCAAUUUUACAGCUUUCCAGAACCGCUUCCACAUGGCAGGCGAGAAGUCUGAUGGCGUGGGGAAUUUCUGGCACUCGUUUGACUACGGCUUGGCACAUUUUGUAUCCAUUGACACGGAGACAGAUUAUGCUCACAGCCCGGAUAAGACGUUUGUGGAAGAUCUCGACAAGGCCAAGGAGGAGGAGGAUUGUCUAGGCAAGGACAAGGGUUUGGCCAAGUGCAAGUGUAAGGGUAAGGAUAAGGAUACAAAGGAGUGUCAGGAGGAGAAGGAAAAAGAGAGCUGUGAGUGUAAGGCGAUCAAUCUUGGCGACGAGACGGAUCCUCUGGCCGAAGAGACAUAUCUUCUGUCUGGCAAGACUCAUCCUUUUGCCAACAUGACGCACAUCACGGAUGCUGGUCCUUUUGGAGCAAUCCACGGUUCCUUCAAGGACAACAAGGCCUAUGAGCAAUAUCAGUGGUUGAAAAAGGAUCUUGCUAGGGUUGAUCGAUGUAAAACACCCUGGGUUAUCAUCAUGGGCCAUCGUCCUAUGUACAGCUCCAAGUGUGGCGACUACCAUCAGCACCUUCGCGAGGCGUUUGAGAAGCUGUUUCUGAAGCACAAGGUUGAUCUCUAUAUUGCUGGCCAUGUUCACUGGUAUGAGCGCCUCAACCCUAUAAGGAACUGUGCUGUCGACGAAGCCUCCAUUAUCGACGCAGAUACCUACAAGGUGAACCCCGGCAAUUCGAUGGUUCAUCUCAUCAAUGGAGCUGCUGGAAACAUCGAAAGCCACGCCACCACCAACAAGGCGAAACCGAACAUAACAGCUGUCCGUGAUCUGACCAGUUUUGGGUUUUCCAAGUUGACCAUCCAUAAUUCAACAACCCUUUCCUGGAAAUUUAUCAAGGGCGAAGAUGGUGGAGUUGGUGAUGCACUCACUGUAUUAAAGGAUCCACCUUUAACCUGCGAAACUUCUGGUUCUUCUAGCCCCUCUGGCUCAUCUUGCUCCUCCGAAUGCUCCGGCUCUGGCUGGCUUCUCUGGCUCUACUGCAACAUCUACUGCUCCAGCUUCUGGGAGCCACUGAAGCAUUAG